AUGGUCAAAUACAUCGUCGUCUCUGGUGGUGUCAUCUCCGGCAUCGGCAAGGGCAUCAUCGCAUCGUCGACGGCCCUGCUGCUGCGCUCCCUCGGCCUGCAUGUGACCGUCCUCAAGGUGGACCCCUACCUGAACAUCGACGCCGGCCUGAUGAACCCCAUCGAGCAUGGCGAGGUGUUCGUGCUGGACGAUGGCGGCGAGGUUGACCUGGAUCUGGGCAACUACGAGCGUUUCCUCGGCGUGACAACCACCCGCAACAACAACAUCACCACCGGCAAGGUGUACAACCAGGUCAUCGAGAAGGAGCGCCGUGGCGACUACCUCGGCAAGACCGUCCAGGUCGUUCCCCACAUCACCGACGAGAUCCAGCAGUGGAUCCAGGACGUUUCUAAGGUGGCCGUCGACGGGUCCGGCGUUGAGCCGGACGUCUGUGUGAUCGAGCUCGGCGGCACGGUCGGCGACAUCGAGAGUGCCCCCUUCGUGGAGGCCAUGCGCCAGUUCCAGUUCCGUGUCGGCCGCGAAAACAUCUGCUUCAUGCAUGUGUCCCUUGUGCCGGCCCUCGGUGCGGAGAACGAGCUCAAGACCAAGCCCACGCAGGCCAGCGUGCGCGAUCUCCGCGGCCUGGGCCUCAUGCCGGACUUUAUCAUGUGCCGCUCCAAGAUCCCGAUUGAGCGCUCGAUCAAGGAGAAGAUCUCCAUGUUCUGCAAUGUCGGCGUGGACCAGAUCAUUUCGGUUCCCGACUCGCGGUCCAUCUACCAUGUGCCGCUGGCUCUGCGCAAUGAGGGCCUGGUGACGCAGCUGUGCCUGCGUCUGAACCUGGGCCCGCCGCCGGCCGAGUCGCUGCUGCUGGAUCGCUGGUCGCGUUUGAACGCUCGCUUCGACCGGGACAUGAGCUCGCCGGCCGUGCGCAUUGCCCUGGUCGGCAAGUACACCGAGCUCCGGGAUUCCUACAUGUCCAUCACCAAGUCCCUGGAGCAUGCGACCCUGGCUGUGGGCGGUCAUCGCCUGGAGAUCUCCUGGGUCGAGUCGUCGGACCUGGAGCCGGAGACGGAGAUCCGCCAGCCGCUGCGCUACUACGAGGCUUGGCAGCUGGUUUGCGGCUCGGAUGGCAUCCUGGUGCCGGGCGGCUUCGGUGAGCGUGGCAUCGAGGGCAUGAUCGCCGCGGCCCGCUGGGCUCGUCUCAACCGCCACCCCUUCCUCGGCAUCUGCCUGGGGAUGCAGCUGGCCGUUGUGGAGUUUGUGCGCAACGUCCUGAAGCUUGAGGACGCCCAUUCGGAGGAGUUCCGUCCCGAGGCCAAGACCCCGGUCAUUGUCCACAUGCCCGAGGUGUCCAAGACCAAGCUGGGCGGCGGAAUGCGCCUUGGCCGCCGCGAGUCCAAGUUCGUUGUCAGCCAGGAGGAGUCCAUCGCCCGGCGCCUGUACGGCAACCAGGAGUCCGUGUUCGAGCGCCACCGCCACCGGUAUGAGGUGAACCCGGAGCUGGUGGACCAGAUCGAGGCCGCUGGCAUGAAGUUCGUUGCCAAGUGCGAGCAGGGCAAGCGCAUGGAGAUCCUGGAGCUGUCCCAUGUUUCGGUGCCGGCCACGCACCUGGACGCGGUGAUCCCCCCGUCGGAUGCCUUUGCCGCUCGGGCUGCCGCUGCCGCUGAGGCUGCCACUGGCGCGGAGGGGCACUCGCCUGCCGAGGCCUCUGAUGCCGUGGCUGCCGCUGCCGCCAUCCCCUCGAAGGACGGCGAUUCCGUCCCGGAGGUCGUCCUCCCCCACCCCUUCUACGUGGCUACUCAGUUCCAUCCGGAGUACCUGUCGCGCCCGCUUGAGCCCUCCCCGGUGUUCGUGGGCCUCAUCCUGGCGGCCACCAAGAAGCUGGCCUCCUGGGUUGACGGCGAGGUGGCCCUGGGCUUCGACAUCGAUAGCCCGGUUCUCUCGCCCGUGAACUAG